GCAGUCUCUUGCUAGCUCUUUCCGCAUCUGCGCUUUGCUAGCUGUUCUUUAACUUUAUCCUUUUUUUCUCAGUUUAGUUGGUUUGACAUUUCAUGUAGCACCUGGUCGUUUGGCGUGACAGUCGGACAGACGACUGUGUGACACGUCUGUGCUUCUGGCAGCCAAACACGGUCCAUUUUAUUUUUGGAAAAGAGUCCAGGAGGCAAGCUAGCCUCUCGCAGCUAACAGCUGCUUGGGUUUCAGGAAAGCACCAUCGCCGUGAGGCAGCCAACCAGGCACAAAGGUUCUAUGAUCUACGACCAUCCUACCCAAUCAGAGGAUGUAUUCGCCUCCCAGAAAGGACUUCAUCGCUCUGACACUCAGCGACCCACACAGUCACUCCUACAACAACGGCAAACACCGAAGACAGUCCUGCUGGAGGAAAUGGAAGCAGCUGUCUCGACUCCAGCGAAGCCUUAUCCUGUUCCUGCUGGCUCUUCUGCUCAUAUUAGGACUGCUCUCAUAUCCCAGCAUCACAGAGCAGUGGAGAGGGUUAUCUGACAGGGAGGACUGGAUGGAGCCCAAUGUCAUUCCUCCAGGCCUGAAGCCCAUCUUAAAUCCGGCUGUAGUUAAAGCUCCAGCUCCUGUGGUGGGGCCACAUCUGGGGCCAGCUGUGGGUCUUGAUGCUGUGGCAGAGCCCAAAGGACCAAAUAUCCCAAUUCUGGCUAAACCUCCCACUAAGAGAAAAACAUUUGUAAACAAAAGAGGACCGCCAAGCCUACAAAAAGAUGGAAAUGUUUCAGACACCAUCGCUGGAGAAAGACUGGGGCAAGAGGUGGCUCAAGAUGAAGCAGGAGAGGAAGAGGAGGACAAAGAAAAGAAACUUGUCAGCUGGAGAGGAGCGAUGAUUGAAGCUGAUCAGGCCACAGAGCUUUCACCCUCAGCCAAUGAGAAAGAAGCUGCACCAGCUAACCCUGCAACCUCAAUCCCACAGGAAGUUCCAACUGGAGCUGUGGACAGACUGGAGGCGGUACGUGAUGCCUUCAGACACGCUUGGAAAGGCUAUAAGGAUUACGCCUGGGGUCAUGAUGAGCUGAAACCCAUUUCAAAGUCUUUUGGUGAAUGGUUUGGACUGGGUUUGACACUCAUUGACUCUUUGGAUACCAUGUGGAUUCUGGGCCUUAAAGAAGAAUUUGCAGAAGCAAAAGAAUGGAUAGAGACAGAGCUCUCCUUCAACAAGAACGUGGAUGUGAAUCUUUUUGAAACAACCAUUCGUGUCCUUGGAGGGCUGCUGAGCAGCUUCCAUCUAACAGGAGACCAGCUUUUCUUAGACAAAGCCAAAGACCUUGGGUCCAGAUUGAUGCCAGCCUUCAAAACACCCUCAAAGAUCCCAUUCUCAGAUGUCAACAUUGGGAAAGGAACAGCUCACCCACCGAGAUGGACAUCGGACAGCACUCUUGCCGAAGUUACGAGUAUUCAGCUGGAAUUCAGAGAGCUGAGUCAUCUCACACAGGACCCACAGUAUCAGGAGGUUGUGAAUGAGGUAAUGAGGCUUGUCCACAAGCUGCCCGGCAAACACGACGGCCUGGUGCCCAUGUUCAUCAACACCAACAGCGGCCAGUUCACCCACAAAGGAGUCUACACGCUCGGUGCCAGAGCAGACAGCUACUACGAAUACCUGCUCAAACAGUGGAUCCAGGGAGGCAAGACAGAAGACGAUUUGUUGGAGGACUACCUUCAGGCAGUGGAGGGAGUGAAAAAACACCUUGUAAGACAGACGGGACCCGGAAGGUUGACCUUCGUUGGAGAGCUGUCUCACAACCGCUUCAACCCUAAGAUGGAUCACCUGGUUUGCUUCUUGCCAGGAACUUUGGCUCUGGGGGUCCACAACGGUCUCCCGGGGGACCACAUGGAUCUGGCUGUGCAGCUGAUGGAGACAUGUCACCAGAUGUACAAACAAAUGGAGACUGGGUUAAGUCCAGAGAUCGCACACUUUAGCCUGCUGGUCAGCGAUGGCCACGAUGUUGUUGUCAAGCCUGCAGACAGACACAACCUGCUGAGGCCAGAAACUGUGGAGAGUCUUUUCUACAUGUACAGAUUCACCAAGGACAGCAAGUACAGAGACUGGGGCUGGGACAUACUGCAGAGCUUCAAUAAAUACACAAAGGUCUCUGGUGGUGGCUACACAUCCAUUAACAACGUCUGUGACCCUGUCAACCCCGGGCCCCGGGACAAGAUGGAGAGUUUCUUCCUGGGUGAGACGCUGAAAUACUUGUAUCUGCUCUUCUCUGAUGACAUGGAGCUGAUCAGUCCAGACAAGUACGUCUUCAACACGGAGGCUCAUCCUCUGCCCAUCUGGCCGUCUCCACCUAAGUGAUGUCACAGUACAGGAGGCGUCUGAAAAAAUCCAGCCCGUAGAGUCUGCUGCCUCUGAGCUACCGUCCAAGCUGGACUACUGCUGGAAGCAGUGAAGGAGAUUUGUGCUGUCCAAAUGCACUUUGAUAUAGGGAGGACUUUCUUUUGUUUUGCUCUGGUUUUUUUUCCAUUGCAUUUAUUUUUCCUAAGGAAAAUGUUUGUGACAGAGCUGGCCUCUAAUGUAAAAACUCUGUAAAAAGCAGUUUAUCACAUGGGUGAUUGGAAGGAUUUUUGUAUGUUUUCACCGUCAGCUUUAAUUCAUUUUGUAAGGGAAAAACCUUAAAGAUUAAGGUGGAAUUUACCUUAUGCUGAGCAUGCAUGUCUUUUAUUAAAUUAAGACUUGAAAUGAGUUGUUAAGGCACUUACAGCUAGCUGGUGUACAGUGAUUUAAAGCCAUCUUGUAUUUGGUAUAAGUUACUGGAACAUUGCUUGUUUCUACAUAGUGCACACAAGUGUUUUCUCGUCUGCUUUAGCAGAGCCGUUGUGAUUAGCCUUGUUUUCAUUCUGCAGUGAUGCAAAUGAUCAUUCGAAUAUCCCCAAAAAAUAAAAUGAAAUCAGAUGCGUUUCCGUUCCAGUUUGAAAAGAAUAAACUAAGCUGCAUUGUGUUGCCAGAAGGUGGCGAUAUAGACAAGCUUACAUGUGGCUGCAAUUCAGUAGAAGUGGAUACCGAUCUCAUGGAGGGAACAAAAAACAGCUGAGGUAGACAUCCAGGAGGAAAAUGGACAGAACUCUUCUUCAGGAAUGACUUUAAACUCCAGGAAUAUUGGGAAUAUAAUAUUACUGGAGUUUAGUGGAAGCAGACGGCAACAGUUUGUGUGUCAUGUAAUCAGGGUCAGGAGCUGUCUUUAUUCCACUUAAUAUACUUCAAGUCAAAAACCACCUCAAGAAGAAGACAUUUUGACCUCUUCAUAUUAAAAAAUAGCAAGGAAAACAUGGCUAGUGUGAACAGAGAUGGCUCAUUCUCUUUUUACAACCUUUCCCACCUAAUGAGUCCACCCAUGUCAGUUUAAUAAUGUUUAAUGUUCACAAAAUGGUUAAGAAUUGGGGGCUUGAACCAGCAUUUAUUUCCGAGGUUAGCUCAGCUGCUGUAUAGUGGACAUUUUCAAGUUUACCGGAUUUUUGUUAUGCUUUAUAUAUUUUAGUUGGCAAUACAAGACAUAGGCCUGUGGCUAAAUUUCUAGUAAGCAUUUAUUACAUAUGUAGCAGUGAUUCUCAAAUGGAAGACAGAAAAGUUGAUCAGGUGGGUCAGUCCGUGCAUUAAUAUGCAGCUUUUGGAGUUUAACCUGGCUGAUUAUUUAGGCCACUGUUGUUCCAGUAUACAUGCACAGGAGAGGAAUCAAGGCUGUGACUGAAGUAUGUAUGAUGGCAUGACGCUAGCUUUUUUAACACUAGCUGGCGCAACACUAGCUGGUUCAACGCUAGCUGGGGCAACACUAGCUGGUAUAACGCUAGCUGGCGUAACACCAGCUGUUUCAAUGCUAGCUGGUUCAAUGCUAGCUGGUUAAAUGCUAGCUGGCACAACACUAGUUGGUUCAAUGCUAGCUGGCGCAACACUAGCUAGUUCAACGCUAGCUGGGGCAACACUAGCUGGUUCAACGCUAGCUGGCGUAACACUAGCUGGUUCAAUGCUAGCUGGUGCAACACUAGCUGGUUCAAUGCUAGCUGGCACAACACUAGUUGGUUCAAUGCUAGCUGGCGCAACACUAGCUGGUUCAACGCUACCUGGCUCUACACUAGCUGAUUUAACGCUAGCUGGCACAACACUAGCUGGUUCAACGCUAGCUGGCUCUACGUUAGCUGGCGCAACACUAGCUGGCGCAACACUAGCUGGCUCAACGCUAGCUGGCGCAUCGCUAGCUGAUUCAAUGCUAGCUGGCGCAACCCUAGCUGGUUCAACCCUAGCUGGUUCAACACUAGCUGGCGCAACACUAGCUGGUUCAAUGCAAACACUAGCUGGUGCAACACUAGCUGGUUCAAUACUAGCACACUAGUGUUCAUUUAUUACCACGUCCAGAGAUGAAUUGGACCACUUCACAGCCUGUUACAUUUCCCAAGUGCUUUACUGUUUUUACAAAAACAUGGAUGUUAUCUCUUCUGUUGUUACUGGCCUCUUUUUCUUUUGUGUAGCAGCAUCUUGUUCCCGGGUAUGAACUUGGGAUGGGAUCUGUGGAGCAUGUGCAGGGCAUCUGAGCUACUUUGAGUCUAAUUAAUGGAGUAAUUUGAAUCCCAGUCGCUUUAUCUAGUCUGACUUUGAUAAAUUUGACUUUGUACAGUUUUAGUCAGACUAAUGUGUUUACAUGAAUUUUAACACUAAUUGAUUUUUCCAGCGUCAUGGAAACAAAACUGUUUGUGACAGUUACUUUGGGCAAAGAUUUAAUAUAUAAACGAGUCCUACUGGAUUUUCAGUCAUGAUUACAUAAAUAACAAGUUUAUCCAUUCUUGAAUGUAGACAUAAUUUAUUAUUCUUUUCAUAUUUGUGUUACAUAGAAACACAUAUCAGUAGAUUAACGUGCUCUCUCAUGUUGAUUUUUGUUUUAUAUCAUAUUAAGGGGGAUUAACGAAGGCUGCCAUGCAGUUUUAUGUCAACACUACCUUUUCCUGUGUCAGGGAAAAUAGAGGAUGUUGGGCUCAAACAGAAGUAUAUUUCUUUUAAACAAUAUCAUCUUAUUGUCAAAGGUAUAGCUGCCAUUACCAACUGUCCAUUUUUAUUUUUUUCUCAAGAAAUCAUGAAGUAUUUAAAUAAAAGCCACAAAUUUAUCUGCUUAUAACUUUAAUAAGUGAGGCUUUGGACUUCACGUUGACCAGGACAGCAUCAUGAUGAGCUGCUUAAACAUUGCUUUGUAUUAGCCUGCUGCCAUGUUUAUUGCUUUUACACAGUCACAUACUUCAGUGUCAAUUCCUUCUGUGUUCAGUAUGUUAACUUAUGACACUCAGCUCUGGGUUCAGGUUCUGGAAGCUGGUCAGAGGUGCUGCAUUACUGUAAACUCUUUUGCUUGUUUCAGAGUUGAGUUUCUUUUUAUUUUAUUUUUUUAUUUCAACUGAUCAUUCACAGACUGCCUUCAUCUUCAUGCUGCAGAGAGGUCAAAUAAAUCUGCUUCCACCAACGCUGUGUUAGAAAUUCCAGCUACCUUCUUCUAAAUUAGACUAAUUUUAGUGUUUACACGAGUUGCAGAAAGGAUAUUGCAUUUAUACUCCUGUUAACAUCUCAACUGAACAUGCAUGUUCGGUCCUCUUCAGCAGCUGGUAAAUGAAUUAUUUAUGAGUCUUUUAGUCUCUUACACCUGAAAAUGUGAAGUUAGGUGAAUUUAAGAGGAUUAGGUCUCAGUGUAGAAAUUUAAGGCUACAUCCACAUGAAAAGAAAACAUUUCCCUUUUUAAAAAGUUUUCCAUAAAGACGGGAUCAUUUUAAGAAAUGCAUACGUCAACAAAAAUAAUGAAGAUGCUUAUACAUAAAGAAAUACACCAAAAGGUAUUUUUGGGCUCCCAAUAUGGAAAAAUGUCCAAACAAUAAAAAACUUUAGCUGAUACUCCUGUAGCAAACAUGCUCUAGAAAAUUCAUCAUGUUUGUCCUGUUUUUGAUUGUUCCAAUUAUUAAAAUUAUUAAACUGAUCAAGUUUAUUUCAGGGUUCCAAGCCAAUGGUUUUACUAAAGAAGCUUGUGAGCCUUUCAUUUGGACUACAAGGAGCUGAAUCAAAGCAUGUCAAAGUUUGCAGGGACCACUUUAAGGUUGUAAAUCACUUGGUUUAGAUUCUUCAUGGUUAGAUUCUGCUGUUGUGGGUGAAUUAAAGCUCAUGGGGAACUGCUUUCUUCUUUUAUUUGUGAAGAUUGCUGUUGCUAAACAAAAAACCGAUGACGUGAGCUGAGCUAGUUUUAACGUAAACUAAUGUUUUUACUUUAAUCGGCAGACUGUCCAAGCAAUCUUCAUGAAGAGGACUGCAGACUGGGCUUUUUCAAAGGUGGUGAUAAUGUGAAACAACUAUAAAAACACCAAAAUAUGUUCCUACAUGAGCAGCAACAUUGCAGGAUUUGUGCAGACAGGUCUUUUUCCAACGUGCUUUCACAUAUCUUCAUGUGAUGAAGUUACACAUAUCAAGAAUUGAACUGAUGGUUAUUUCUCUAAUUUAAAGCCUAAAUCUGAAGUAAAUAUCUAUACAAUCAAACAAAUCAACUUUUUUUUUAAAAGUAUCUUGUGCUUGAACUGGCGUAACUGUAGAAAUACUCAGUAUCUUCCUGUACAACUUUAGCCACUUUGGUUUGUUUGGCCACCACUUCAUUCACCGGAAGCCUGCAAAAGUCACAUGAUCGAUCGCGGGCAGUUGGAAACUUAUCUGUUGAGCCACAGUUUCAGCUUUAAAGAUGGUUUUCUCCAACUUGUUUUAGAGUCAUACACAAAUUUAGAUCUCUUCUUGUUAAUUACUUCCAGCGGAGAGCCAUACUGACCCCCAUCUUUGUACAUGCAUUACAUUUACCAACGUGCUGCUCUGCCUGUGUCCAUUUAAAUGGUACUCUAGUGGUUUGGUCCUGUUUCCUAAUUACCAUGGAUGCAUAUUUGAAGUGCUACGAAGUGAAAAUAAUUUAUGGCUUCUAUGUUAAAUAACAAAACAAAAAGAUUUGUUAUUUUUUGUGUAAAUGAUUAUUUGCUGAUUUGCUGAUUUCUUUUGCUGGUUAUUGAGCCCUUGCUGGUCUUAAUGCUCUUUGCCACGGUGUCAGAAAUUUUUAUUUUUUGUGCUGCUAUGUUGAAUGUUUUUCAUGAGCCAUGCCACCACCAAAGCCACACAAUUUUGGGGCAAUCCAUCAAACAGUUGUGGCUUUCAGUCUGCAUUGGAGUGGUAGAAACGAAGGAUUGGCAGACAGGCUGGUUGCCAAAGAGCCUUGCUGCAGCAUGGAUAAAACUGGCAUGAAGAUUUAUUAUACACCUUGAACUUAGCUGAGGUUCAAUCCUGCAACACUGAAGGUUUAACUGUAAUGGAAACUGAUGGUGGAUAAUUCAUUCAUUGAUUUUUUUUAUUUAUUUUUUUGACCAUCUGUUUGACACCUUAGUGGUUCCAAGUUAUAUUAAUCACAUUUAAACCAUUUAUAAUUCCAUGUGCACAGGAAACUCUGCUAUGAUUACAUAUUCAUUAUUAUUAACAUAAAGCUCUAAAUCUUUCUCUUGCCAAACUCGGCUUGGUGGUCCAGUGAAAAUCUGCAAAAUCAUGUCUUAAGAGUAAAAACCACUGUUUCUUGUCAUUAUGAUCUCUAGAUAAAGCUUAAUUCAAGUAAUUGAUUUCUGACUUUAAAUAAAGUUUAUUUUCAGAUUAAUUAUAAUCAUAUAUCCUUUCAUACUAAAAGCCAAACUCGACAGUGCCUGUGCCAUUUUGUCAAAACUCCUUUUUUUUCCCACAGAUAAGACGAACAAAUAGGAUGGCAUUGCAGAUUUAUUUGGGACUAUUUUCAGCAGUGUGUUUGUGUGGUCAUGGUGGAGAAGAAACCUGCCAGCCGCUACAACACUGAUGCUCACUGAUGAGUUUUUAAUGGUUUUUGGACAGCAGUUGAGCUCAUUUGGCACAGAUAAGAUCUAUCAACCUGCAGAAACACAGACACGGCACUCUUUUUCAGAUCUGUUUCCCAAGAAGUAUUACUAUAGCCAUUAUAAUACUAGUUUUCUACCUGGUUCUUAAGUAGACAACCAGUUCAAUCCCUUACAGCUGUCUCACUGAGUCUGUAAAGGAUUUGUUCACAUCUGAACAAACAUUACUCCUUCCAUAUUUUCUUACCCAAAACCCUUAUUAUAUUAAUAAUCUGCAUUUAUUUUUUAAAAGUAAAAUUUUCUAAAGUGCAAUAUGAAUUUAAAUCUCUAUUUUUUCCAAAAGUUUGACCAACUUCAAUGCAUUUAUAAAAUAUUUAAAUGUAAACUAAACUUCAUGACAAAGAAAAGUUAAUAUACAGUAACUACGUUCUGGAAGAUCAUACAAA